UGUACAAAGAAAACCCAGCAUGCGGAUGGGUGGCGACUGUUAUUGACAACGUUGGUGGACGCUUGCUCUUGCGAUAUGACACGCCUGAUUGCUCGGGUCUUGUGUUUUGGCUCUUCUACCUUAGUCCUCGGUUAAGGCCACCAGAUUGGAUUCAUCACCAGGGACCACCUUGGAGAUAUAAACAUCCGGAAUCCUGCUCCCAGUACGAGGAGGCGGAGUGGGCUGCACUUCUUGAGAUGAGCCGGGAUGACGCCAGACGUUCUCCCUUGCCAAACUCUCUCCUCUCACCUGCUCUCCCCGUGAGCUCGCACCAAUUCACAAACAGCAUGCUUAUUGAAGCAGUGCACCCCACAAAGCCCAACUCAAUCCACGUGGCCAAGGUCACUCUAAUCAGCAAUGAGUCGAGAUUUUUUGAAGUGUCGAUCGAAGGCGAGAAAGGGGAUAACAAGGUCACGUGGGUGACUUCCAUCGAUGACCCUCUGAUCCUGCCGGCAAGAUUCUGUGAGAAAAACGGCAUUGCGCUUGUCCCACCUGGCGAUUGGCAUGGAGAGACAGAGUUCUGCUGGGAUGCCUACCUCCAGUCUUGCAGUGAACCAUGUGCAGAUGAUAGCUUGUUCCCCAAGCACGAGGCAGCUGAGGACUUAGGCUUCGAGGUUGGACUUAGACUCGAAGCCGCCAAUCCGGACCCUGCAGAUCAGAUUUGUGUCGCUACUGUCAAAAAGGUCACAGGUCACCUCCUCCACGUCCAGCUGGAUUCAGAACUUGAGACGGAUCCGUACAUCAUGUCCUCAACGUGUCAGGAUAUCUUCCCAACAGGGUGGUCUCAGUCAAAUAAUUAUCCUCUCCAUAUCCCUGCAGAGUAUUCACCACAAGCUAAGGUCAUAGAAGAUCCGACACUGGAACUAUGCCAAAACAAAAACGGUGAUAAUACACAAAAUGAUCCCUUGUCUAGUGUAAGCAACCAAAGGUCCCUGUGGUGUCCAAGACUCUAUGUGAACCAUUGGUGCUACACUGGACCUUAUCUGAGCAAAUCUAAAGUUGCAAAGCAAUCUCAGAGUGUUGGUCCGGGAUCUGUUGAACUGGUACUGCGUGAGGUACUGUCAAUGACCAUAAACGCAGCUUACAUACCCACUCGUGUGCUGAGAGAGCUGGAACGCAAUGCUGUGGAUUCUCAUCUUGUUUCAAGUACUUGGCAUCCAACCCAUUUGAAAGCAAAGUUUAAACGUUAUACUUACACAGCCAGCAUCUCUGUCGCUACCACAGCUUCAGACGUCAGCGAUUUUUUGAACUUCAUUUGCCACACCCUUCAGUGCUGCCCCAACCUGUGGUCACCAACACAGAGUGGAGAGAAUUGCCCAUUCCUUUGUACUUCGCAGAUGUUUAUUCAAGGGAGCCAGUCGUCUUCCAUGCGAGGGCGAGGGAGAAUAGCCAUUACUAGAGGGACAAGGGGAGGGCCAGGAAUGACGAGGAUAUUCCACCGACGUAAGAGAGGCGGCCGUAAGCGACUCUUUGUGCCUGUCAGAGCCAACCGGUUACUGCAGCCCAAAUCCUUAUCAACACAAUCAGAUGAUAUAACAGAAGAUGGGGAUGAGGAUGAGGAUGUUGAUAUUGAGGAAGGAGAUGAUGAUGAAGUUGCAAGUGGAUCUGACGAAGGUGACACGAGUUCCCGCAGCUCUCGCCCAACCAGCCCCAUACUGGACCCCUCGUUCGGGAACCGCAGAAGGCGGAGAGGAUUUCCGAGGAUGGAGAUGCAGACGAGAGGCAUUAAGCUCCCUGACUAUGCCAACCAGCUGAAGAUGAGGCAUGUCAAGAGAAAAUUUGAGGGCGGAGAAGGAUCCUCCAGCGCUUCCAGCUGCCGCGAGGAGCCCUUAGACAGGAUGAAGAGGAGCAGGAAGAGCGAGUACCCAGACGGAAACUCAGGGCUAGAGCCUGCCUCGGUGACCUCUGACCCCUUGGAGUGGACAGUGCAUGACGUGGAGCAGUACGUUGCCAGCCAGCCGGCCAUCUGCCACCAUGCAGUGCGACUACGGGAACAAGAGGUGGACGGCCGGGCCUUCCUGCUCUUAAACUUACCCACGCUGGUGCAGCACCUCGGGUUGCCUCAUAGCUCAGCCGUGGCUCUUGCUCAACACGUGUGCCGCGUAAAACUUGCUCACUUCCUUUUCUUUUAUAGGGCAGAAGCUUGACCAUCAUUUUUAUAUAAAGGAAUAACUUUAAUUAACUAAAUGUUGUGCACAGUUUUCAAGUGGUCUUUUUUUUGUAUAUAUAGUAUAUUUGUAUAACUUUGUAUUAUAUGAAUAACAUAAUGACUGUUAAAUAUUGAUAAUUAGUUAUAUUAAUUACUUUUAUUGUAAGUUAAGCUAUUCAUUCCUGUAUAUUGGAAUAUCUGUUGUGCUUAUUGUUGAUGCUAUUCACAAUAAAAUAAAUAUAUGUAGAAAAGCAAUUUUCUUACACAUUUUGUACUUACAAAUUAAGUAAAAAUUCAGAAUACCAGGUGAAUGCUUUUGAAAUUCUAAAAUGAAAGCUUUCCUUUUAAAUAAAGAAUACAAUGUAUACUUGUCAUUUUA